AUGCCUCCCCUAAAUACGACGCCGCAAACCCUCACUGGCGAUGCGCCCUCUCCUCCCCCUCCGCACCCAAAGAAACGUCCAAACGCUUUCACAAAACUCAUGUCCGUCUCCAAGAAAUCCAAACCCGCGCCGACUGCCGAAGACCCGCAACCCUCCAGCGCCCUCUCGCGCGCCAAAAACGCCGUAAAGGGCUGGGACCCAAGAAACGGCCUGGGCGUAUACCUGGAAAACCCAGAGACGAAUCCGGAGGGCAGGGUAGUCGAGUGGGAUGAGCAGUUUGUAGUUAUCCGGGAUAAAUUUCCAAAAGCUUCUGUACAUCUCCUGUUGAUCCCGCGAAACCCAGACCUAUACUUUAAACACCCACUGCACCUCCUCUCCUCAGAUACGGCGUUCCUAGCAGAUUGUCGGAAACGCGUUGAGCGUGUGAAAGCGCUCGCGGCGCAGGAACUUCGCAGGCAGUUCGGGCACGUGAGUGUGGCGGACAAGCCGUAUCAAAACGCGCUCGACGAGCUCAUGUGUGCGUCUGAUGGUUCGCCUACGGAGGAAAAAAUCGCUGCGCUACCGCAGGGGCGCGAUUGGAGCAAGGAGAUUGUGGCGGGCGUGCAUACGCAUCCGUCGAUGAAUCACUUGCACAUUCAUGUGUUUAGUCGGGAUAUGCACUCGGCCUGUAUGAAGCACAAGAAGCAUUAUUUGAGCUUCAACUCUAGCUUUCUUGUGCAGAUGGAUGAGUUCCCGCUGGAGGAGGGGAGUGAGCGGUUUGCGCCGGGCGACUGGCCCACCUGGGGCAUGAAGUGUUGGAGAUGCGACAAGGGCUUUGCGAACAAGUUUGCGCGGCUGAAAGAGCAUCUGGACGACGAGUUUGAGGAGUGGAAGAAGGAAUAG